AUGUUCCGAUCUUCUAUCCACUUUCUGGCAAGGUUAGUAAGCUCUCGCGAAGCGGCAGAACAUAGACUAAUUCUCUUAUAGAAGGCAGACGGUGCGAUUAUUUUAAUUUUAGCCUUGAGGAACUGUUACCUAUAUUUGAAUAACAUUCAUUCUGCGUUUUUCGCUAAUAUUAGAUCCCCGAGAACCGUGGAAACGCACACACACGCGCGCGUUCGCUGCUCGAGCUGUCUUUUUUUGACGUACGCCACCGUGACGGUGGUGAAACGCAGCAACUCCAACCGUGUUGGACAGUUUCCUUCGCGGCGUGGGCCGUAUUCCCGCCAUUCCGCAUCUGGUAUAAGAGGGACCACGGAUCGGCCCGAGCACUUCAGUCCACUCAAAGAUACACCACACGGUACAAGGAUGGCUCUCGAACGUCAAGUGCGCGCCAAGAUGGCGGCGAAACGCAACCCCGAGAUGGAGAAAGAAGCCCAGGAAUGGAUCGAAUCCAUUCUUGGCAAGAAGUUCCCGCCCGGUGAGCUGUUUGAGGACGUGCUCAAGGAUGGACAGGUGCUGUGCCACCUGAUGAACAAGAUCUCACCCGGAUCGGUCGCUAAGAUCAACAGCUCCGGUGGUCAAUUCAAAAUGAUGGAGAACAUCAACUCGUUCCAGAAAGCUCUGAAGGAGUACGGAGUGGACGAUGUAGACGUGUUCCAAACGGUGGACUUGUGGGAAAAGAAGGACAUAGCACAGGUGGUGACCACUCUGUUCGCUCUUGGUCGUACGACGUACAAGCACCCGGAGUGGAAGGGACCGUACCUGGGACCUAAACCAUCAGAGGAAUGCAAGCGCGAGUUCACGGAAGAGCAACUGCGCGCUGGAGAGUCCGUGAUUGGUCUCCAAGCCGGUUCCAACAAAGGCGCCACCCAAUCAGGCCAGAGCAUCGGCGCCACCCGCAAGAUCCUCCUGGGAAAGUAAAUCCGACUCUCCUAACUUCUCUCCGUUUAGACCCCAAAAUCUGUACUUUGUAUGUAAAUGUAUAUAUUAUGUAUUUAUUUUGUAUUUUGUAAUUGAACGAUAAUAAAUAUUUAUUAUUUACAA